CUCUGGCCUGUGUGAUUGUUGGCAUGGCAACUGUUGUGACAACCAUCACUGGCCUCUCUACUUCUGCCAUAGCCACCAAUGGAUUUGUUCGAGGAGGAGGAGCAUAUUACUUGAUUUCGAGGAGUUUGGGUCCAGAGUUUGGAGGCUCUAUUGGCCUGAUCUUUGCUUUUGCCAAUGCAGUGGCUGUGGCCAUGUAUGUAGUCGGCUUUGCUGAAACUGUUGUGGAACUUCUCAAAGGUGUGGAUGCGCUGAUGACUGAUGACAUCAAUGACAUCCGAAUCAUUGGCACCAUUACAGUAAUUGUUCUGUUGGGUAUCUCUGUGGCAGGAAUGGAAUGGGAGGCUAAGGCCCAGAUCUUCCUGCUUGUUGUCCUUAUCACAGCUAUUGUGAACUACUUUAUCGGAUCCUUCAUUUCUGUGGAAUUAAAGAAACCUUCAGGCUUCCUUGGAUAUGAUGCUGAAAUCAUGUGGGAGAACAUGGGACCAGACUUUCGAGAUGAGACGUUCUUUUCUGUCUUUGCCAUCUUCUUCCCCGCAGCCACUGGGAUUCUGGCUGGUGCUAACAUUUCUGGAGACCUUGCUGACCCACAGAUGGCAAUCCCCAAAGGAACACUACUUGCCAUAUUGAUUACAGGCAUUGUCUACUUGGGGGUCGCAGUUUCAACAGGGUCCUGCAUUGUGAGAGAUGCCAGUGGAAAUCUGAAUGACACAAUCGGCACACAGUUCAGUGCAAACUGCACUGGUGCUUCCUGCAAGUUUGGCUUUGAUUUCUCUAGCUGCAAGAGCCAAAAAAACUGCCGCUAUGGACUCCAUUAUGACUUCCAGGUGAUGAGCUUGGUUUCAGGUUUUUCUCCCAUCAUCUCAGCUGGAAUCUUCUCUGCCACUCUGUCCUCUGCUCUGGCCUCUUUAGUGAGCGCGCCUAAAGUAUUCCAAGCUUUAUGUAAAGACAACAUCUACCCUUAUAUUGGAAUAUUUGCCAAAGGAUACGGGAAGAACAAUGAGCCUCUUCGAGGCUACAUCUUGACUUUCGGCAUCGCUCUGGCUUUCAUCCUAAUCGCUGAGUUAAACACAAUUGCGCCAAUUAUCUCCAACUUUUUCCUGGCAUCCUACGCCUUGAUCAAUUUCUCUGUGUUCCACGCAUCUCUGGCCAACUCUCCGGGCUGGCGUCCCAGCUUCAAAUACUACAACAUGUGGGUUUCGCUUGCUGGAGCCGUGCUGUGCUGUGUGGUGAUGUUUGUCAUCAACUGGGCGGCUGCUCUACUCACUAAUGUCAUUGUUAUGGCUCUCUACAUCUAUGUGAGUCACAAAAAGCCAGAUGUGAACUGGGGCUCGUCGACCCAGGCUCUAACCUACCAGCAGGCUCUGACCCACACACUGCACCUCAGUGCAGUGGAGGACCAUGUCAAGAACUUCAGACCGCAGUGCUUGGUGAUGACAGGGUAUCCCAACUCUCGUCCUGCUCUCCUGGAUCUUGUUCACACCUUUACAAAGAACGUUGGCCUUAUGAUCUGUGGCCAUGUCCGCAUGGGCUAUAGAAAGCCAAACUUCAAAGACCUUGCAGCAGAUCAGUCCAGGUACCAGCGCUGGCUAAUGAGGAAUGAGACCAAGGCCUUCUACACACCAGUGUUUGCUGAGGACCUGAGACAGGGUUCCCAGUACUUGCUCCAGGCCGCUGGUCUGGGUCGUCUCCGGCCAAACACACUAGUGCUUGGCUUCAAGAAUGACUGGAGAGAUGGUGACAUGAUGAAUGUGGAGACUUACAUUAAUAUGAUCCAUGAUGCCUUUGACUUCCAGUAUGGUGCUGUUAUUCUGCGGCUGCAGGAGGGGCUAGAUGUGUCUCAUAUCCAAGGACAAGAUGAGUUGUUGUCCUCCCAGGAGAAGUCUUCAGGAGCGAAGGACGUCAUUGUGUCCAUUGACACAAGCAAAGACUCGGAUUGUGAUUCAUCCAAGCCAUCUUCAAAGACCACCAGCCUGCAGAACAGUCCAGCUGUACAGAAAGGUCAGUCAGCUCAUUUCCUGCAGCUCACACAGGAAGCUGCUGACACAGACAUGGCAGACGGGAAAUAUUACAAGGCAAAUUAUUACACCCGUAGUUCUUUAGUAUAUUAUGUGUGUUUGUAGUAGAGCUUUUCAUUUAGCUAAACAGUUCAACCUUAUUGCGAGAAAGCUCUGCUAAUCUCUAACCCCCUUUGCGUACACUAAAGCUCUGUCCAGACAGGAAGUGACCUAGAGACCUAGAACCCCUCACUGGGCUGACUGUGUUUGCUUCACAGAUGUUUUUAGCAACACUGUGUGUUUAAGUAUACAUGUGUGGGAGAGAUGGCAACAGUGUAAUGUAAAAGUGCCACCUGUACAGCUGAAAUAAUCACACAACUGUUACCACAGUGUUGCACACAGUACAACCAUGUUUUUGCUUUUAUUAAGACUAGAGAGGAAUCUUACGAUAUUACUAAUUUUUUCAGUACUGUUACCGUAGGAUAAAUUGGCAAACUUUUGUCUUUCCAUUUUCAAAGUACAAUUUACAGUACCUUGAGAAAGUGUUGUGUUUACUGCUUCAUCUGUAAUUCUUAACCUGUCAUUCAAAUUUAUUUGUUCGAGAAA